AUGGUUUUCAGAUCCCCUUUAGAGCUUUAUCCCUCCCAUUUCUUCCUGCCAAACUUCGCUGAUCGCCCUCUGCUCCUGGCGAACAGCGCUCCCACCACCAGGUCUCCAGAAGACUUGUCCAUGUUUCAGCUACCGACCCUCAACUUCUCCCCGGAGCAGGUGGCGAGCGUCUGUGAGACGCUGGAGGAGACCGGGGACAUCGAACGGCUGGGCCGCUUCCUCUGGUCCCUGCCUGUGGCUCCGGGAGCGUGCGAGGCAAUCAACAAGCACGAGUCCAUCCUACGCGCCCGGGCGGUGGUGGCGUUCCACACGGGGAAUUUCAGAGACCUCUACCACAUCCUGGAGAACCACAAGUUCACCAAGGACUCGCACGGCAAACUGCAGGCCAUGUGGCUGGAGGCGCACUACCAGGAGGCCGAGAAGCUCCGCGGUCGUCCCCUCGGACCGGUCGAUAAGUACCGGGUGCGGAAGAAGUUUCCGCUGCCUCGGACCAUCUGGGACGGCGAGCAGAAGACGCACUGUUUCAAAGAGCGGACACGGAGCCUGCUGAGGGAGUGGUACCUUCAGGACCCAUAUCCAAACCCCAGCAAGAAAAGGGAACUGGCUCAAGCCACUGGACUCACUCCUACACAGGUCGGAAACUGGUUUAAAAACCGGAGGCAACGAGACAGAGCCGCGGCAGCCAAAAACAGGCUCCAGCACCAAGCAAUAGGACCGACCGGUAUGAGGUCCCUCUCAGAGGCCGGUCUCACCCCUCACAGCUCGGCAGAGUCGCCUUCAACCGCGGCCAGUCCGACCACCAGCGUUUCCAGUAUGACAGAGAGAGUUGAUACUGGGACGUCCAUCCUGUCCGUCACAUCCAGUGACUCGGAGUGCGAUGUAUGA